CCUCCCCGCGGCUCCGGCCCGUCCGCGCGCGGGCGCAGGUAGCGAGGGAGCGAGCGGCUGGCCGGCCGGCGGGCGGGCACGGCGGGGGGCGCGCGCGGCUCGGCGAGGGGCAGGGUUUAACCCCCACCCACCCCGCCCGCUCUCUCCCUCCCUCCCUCCGUCCUCCUCCUCCUCCACCUCCUCCUCCGCCUGCCUCCCCCCGGGAACCUCCGAAAGGGGAAUUUUCCAGCUGGUAAUUUCUGCUGCGUCAACAGCCGGGAGCGGAGCGCCGCGCCCGGACCCGCACCCCGAGGACGUUUGAUGAACAUUUCAAAGCUUAUUACCAGGAACGAUAUUCCUCUGUUCAUUAAAACAUGUAUUAUUCUACCGUGACACAUCGUGGCAUUUAUCUUUACUAACGGAAAACAUUCUCAACUAUUGGAUCUGUGGAAAAGGAAACGGAACGAUUCCCAAAUGAAUAACCGAAAGGAAGAUAUGGAGAUUGCCUCCCAUUACCGUCAUCUACUUCGUGAGCUCAAUGAGCAGAGACAACACGGCAUCCUCUGUGAUGUUUGCAUUAUAGUGGAAGGGAAGAUCUUCAAGGCUCAUAAAAAUGUUUUGCUCGGGAGUAGUCGGUAUUUCAAGACGCUGUACUGCCAGGUGCAGAAGACAUCCGACCAGGCAACAGUCACUCAUUUAGACAUUGUAACCGCACAGGGCUUUAAAGCAAUCAUUGACUUCAUGUAUUCUGCACACCUAGCACUGACCAGCAGAAAUGUCAUUGAGGUCAUGUCAGCUGCUAGCUAUCUGCAAAUGACUGAUAUUGUCCAAGCCUGUCACAAUUUCAUAAAAGCAGCUCUUGACAUAAGCAUAAAAUCUGAUGCCUCAGAUGACCUUGUUGACUAUGAACUUGGAGCUCCUUCCAGCAGUAGUACGGAUGCUUUGAUCUCAGCAGUCGUGGCUGGCAGGAGUAUAUCUCCAUGGUUAGCUCGGAGAACGAGUCCAGCAAACUCCUCUGGAGAUUCUGCCAUCGCUAGCUGUCACGAAGGAGGGAGCAGUUAUGGAAAAGAGGAUCAGGAACCAAAAACUGAUAGCCACGAUGACAUUUCAUCCCAGUCUCUUUGGUCCAGUGACAUGGGUUACGGGUCUCUACGUAUCAAAGAGGAGCAGGUUUCACCGUCGCAUUACGGAGGGAAUGAAUUACGUUCUGCCAAGGAUAGUGCAAUACAGAACGCUUUGUCGGAGCAAGGAGCAGGGGAUGGCUGGCAGCCCACAGGACGCAGAAAGAACAGAAAAAAUAAAGAAACUGUGCGUCACAUUACUCAGCAAGUAGAGGAUGACAGCAGGGCAAGCUCUCCCAUGCCAUCUUUUUUACCUGCCUCAGGAUGGCCAUACAACAGUCGUGACACAAGUGGUGAUGUGACGGUGACAGAACCUAGCAGCUCCGAUAACCGUGUGGAGAGAUCCGAUCUUUACACAAAUGUGGAUGAAGCACUCAUAGGCGGUGAAGCUAGUUACCUGUCUCAGCCUCUUACUCCAGAGAAGGAUGAUGCACUUCAGGCUGCAACAGUUGCUAACCUGCGGGCAGCCCUCAUGAGUAAGAACAGCCUGCUGUCUCUGAAAGCUGACAUGCUGAGCGAGGAUAGUUCUCUGCUCUUCGAAUACUUACCCAAAGGCACACAUUCUUUAUCUUUAAACGAAUUCACAGUGAUCAGAAAGAAAUUCAAGUGCCCGUACUGCAGUUUCUCUGCCAUGCACCAGUGUAUCCUGAAGAGACACAUGCGAUCCCACACAGGGGAGAGACCCUAUCCUUGUGAAAUCUGUGGGAAAAAAUUCACACGCCGGGAGCACAUGAAACGGCACACCUUGGUGCACAGUAAAGAUAAGAAAUAUGUGUGUAAAGUGUGCAAUAGAGUAUUCAUGUCUGCCGCCAGCGUGGGGAUUAAACACGGCUCCCGCCGCCACGGGGUGUGCGCCGAUUGCUCUGGACGAGGCAUGGCAGGCCACCUAGAUCAGAACGGAGGGGAAGGCUCCCCCGACGAAUUGUAUCCCGGCGAAGGCCAGUACAUGGAAGACCCCGACGACAUCAAAGUGGAGGGAGACGAAGAGAUGGGCGACGACGACGACAUCAAGUGGAAGGAUGACGUUGGGAUUUCACAAGACGACGUGAUUCUAGAUGAUGACAAAGACGUCGACUCUCCGCAGGAGCAAGAGAACUCUGGGGAGAACGACAAGGAUUUCACUUGGAUUUCUUAGGGAUUUUUCUGUUGUCAUUUGUAAGGGGAGGGGAGGGCAGGAGGAAGGAGCGUGUCGGGAAAAGCUACGUAGCCUUGUUGUCGUCCAUGUGUGCAAAAGAUUUUUUUUGUGGUUUUUUUUCUUUUUAAACAAGCCCUUUCUCUAUACUAUUCGGAUACUGUAUUCGGAAACGUCACUUUUGGUGGCAUCAGUUCCUUCCACCUUUCCCCUUCCUUGCCCCCCCCCAUGAAAACAUGACUGUCUUGGCCUCUCUGUGGGAGCAAAUCAGAUUGCAUGCAAGUGACUUUGAGUUUCUGAUGGUGUGAGCACUGUGCGGAGAGAGUGCGCUAAGGAGACUGCGAAGCAUGUAUUCCUUUGAUCCAUCUUUUCCACCCUGAAUUAAAAUAUCAGGGUGGUGUUCGUGCCCCAAACAAUGUUGUUAAUCUUUGUUCCAAAUUCACAGCAGCAGUGGACUGACUUGCACACUGUAGGAUCUUGUAAACAAGCCGACCUGUGUGUUGGAGGGUUUCCGCUGAGAACCCAGGCCUUUUGCAGAGAAUGGAUUUAAAUAUUUAAUUUCUGUUGAUGGUGUGGAUUGGUGUCAUUUGUGUUUUCACAGAGCCAGGUAGAUCAAAAGGCAAGUUGAGUUGCAGCCUUAAGAGCUCCUUUCAUAGUAAUGGGGCCUCCACUUCCAAAUACUUCACCGAGAACGAUCAUGAAAUUAUUUGGGCCUUCUGGCAUCUUAAUCGUGUCCAGUCUUCCAACCACGUUUGCUUCUGUUGGGUGGAAGGAGCAGCAGUGUUUCCCCAUGAAACGUUUACUACGUAUGAUACACCCAGCAAGACGCGAACGGUUUAGCGCCCAAUGUGUUGGUUUGCGUGUGGUGUUGCCUUCCCCCUUUGGUGUCAGCUGCCUUUUUCGUAGAUAUAUGCAAAUUUUAGUAAAUCUACGGCAUUUAACAAGAUGAAGGGUCAACUGAAGUUGCAAGAAGCAAGGUGUGACGUCCUGGCUCUGUGGAAGUCAGUUGCAAAGGCGUCCUUGACUUUGUGGAGUUUGGGUUUCACCCAACUUGUGCCGUUCUUCCUUGCCAAGCAAAAACCGUCCCGCACAACUGGUAGGUUCGUCACCUAGGUUUAGUUAACCAAGGACACCUGAAUUUUUAGUGGUUGGCUCCAUGUAAACGUCUCCAUUUAAGAACCUGAUAUCUCCUCUGGAGCGUCUCCUCUGUCUUGUACAGCUGAGUUUCCAUGGGCCGGUUCGGUUUUUGCUCAUAUUGGCCACUGCUGCCUUCCUCUGACAACAUUUAAAUCAGAAACCCAGUUCAAGUGUCCUGUUCAUAGUAAAAGCUUCUGCUUUACCUCUCAUCUCUAUGCUUCUGGUGCUUUAAAAAAAGCCGAAGACCUCACUGUUUCCUUGCUUGGAGCAGAUUUUUAUACAAGAAACCUGCCACGAGAGGCAACCAGUUCAAUCCGGAAGCCAAACGAUUUAAAGGUGCUAAUUUCUUUUUUUCCAGUGGUGGGCAAGGCAAUCUCUUAUGGGGAAAAAAACCCAGAAAAGUUCUUGCAGUUUAAUUUUAAAAAGCUGGAGAUCCUGGUUCGACCCAGAGAGGAAAAUUAAAAGCAGAUUUUUACUGUCCAAGAUCCCAGUAAAGCAACUCUUCCGUAAGGAUUUCAGCUAUUCCAGGCUAAGUGGUGAGGGGUGAUAGCAUGGGAACCUGCUCCCCCACCCCCGGCGCAUGAACCAUAGCCGGAUUUCUAGGUAGUGCUUUCUCGAAAGGGUCGUAUCACCAUGCUUUUGUACGCGAGUCCUCACUCCACAAUCGUCUGCAGUCCUUUUGAAAUUAAAAAUAAAUAAAGCUCACCGAUUGACCUAUGCAUGCUUUUUCCUGCCCACGGUCCUUUCUAUUUUCACGUUGCGCAUAAGGCGUCCAGCAGCUUUGGGACUGCUGGCUUGCUCGUAUCCAUGAGUUGAACAAGUAUUUUUUGUUGGUCUUUGUUUCCCCCUCCCCAAAACACUCCGUAUUCUCAACACCACCUGUUAGCUAAAAGUAAAACUCUGUGAUUGCUGUCUACGCUGCUGCUAAACUUUAGGAUCGAGGAAGUUAAAUGCGAUUUGUUGCUUUUAACCAACAAAAAUGGGUAACCAAAUUUGUUAAAUGUUCAAGGAAUAGUGUGGUGGGGUCCUACUAAGAAACAAAAAAACAUUUUUAUGAAACUGUAAAAAGGUGUUUUUGCAUUUUAGCUUGUUGUAAAGCCCUAUUACUGUAUUUAAAAAAUAUUUUAAGAUUGGACCUUUAUAUACUUUUUUCUAAGUACAGAAGAAAUCAGCAGUUGUGUUCACUGUGUGUUGUUCAUAAGAUUAGCUCACUGUUUCAUGAAUUUGACUGCCUUCACCUCUCAGAAAUGCAGGCUGUGUAUUUAUUGACAGUUAUCCUGUAAAUAUUAGGUUUUUUUUCCUGAACUUCCAGCCAUUGCCUGUUACAUAGAGACAAAUACAUACAGUACUUCACAAUAUCUGUAGCUUGGCUUUUUAUAUAAUAAAUAUGUUUAAAAAUGGAAAAAAACCCCAAGCCACACAAGAAACCUUCUGUUUCUAAGACAUUCCAUCUCUCUCAUCCCCUGACUCCGACGUAGACAUUCACUAGCUUGAGCUCAUGUUUAGGGAGAAACGAAAGGUUUCGCUCCUGAGCUGUCUUUUCCCCCUCUCCUUGCCCCGACUUGGGUGAACUUAAUUUUAUAUUGAGGUUUUUGGGGUGCUUAGCUUUAUUUUGUGUUUUAUUUGGAAAUAUUUUAUAUAUUGCUUUUUUUGUUUCCUUUUCCUUUUUUUUUUUUUUUUUAAAUAGUGGACAAUAAGCCAAAUGGCUUUCAAAAAUGUUUUUCUAAAUAGUGCGAGUGCCAUUUCUGUGCUCUUCAGGCUGAGACUACAAAAAAGAGAGAGAAAUCCCCACAAAAAGCUAACGUGUUAUAAUGUUAAAAUUAUAAUAUAGCACAUGCUUCUAUAUUACUAACAUACAUUAUAUAUACCAAAUAAAUUGUUCUAAUAUGUGACGUAUACUUUUAAGUGCUCUGAUUUUGACGGAGGUGUGCAGACUUGGAAACGAAGCCCUUUCAGGAAUUCCUGUUUAGAGUUUCACACGCGUACAGGGGAGAGUCGCGGGGGUUGAUUUUAAAAAGGGGAAGCGACUUUGAAAACAGCAACACAGUCGAUCCGAUGGAAAGGGGAUGCCUUCUAUACAACUUUCUCAGUUUUGUCACUACUUGCAACUGUGUUCAAGCCUUCGGCUCCACUGUCUUGACCUGUAGGGAAGUCUGUAAAACCAGGGGAUUUGGGAGCGGGGAGCUGAGCAAGGAAAGAGGCCAGGUCCUAAAAACCUGCAACGCCGUCAGCGCGUGUACAGCUGUGUGUACAUGCUGAAGUCUUUCCAAGAUCAGGGUCCCGGUUGCACCCAUACCUCGUGCUUUUCUCUCUCUAGACACUGGUCCAAUCUGCUGCCUAUGCAAGUUUCUUUUGCCCUCCUAGGUAAAGAGACUCGGUGCAAGCGUUGCAUCUAUCUAGCAGUUGCUCAAAUUAACCUCAAACCCCUGCUCUUUGUAUCUCACUUCAGGACUUUGUAUUUUUCAUUGAGCUUCCCUUUUUUAAUUUUUCUAAAAUAUAUAGAUCUAUACAAAUACAGUUCCAGAAAAGUAUUCCCUUUGUGGCGUAUUGAAGCGUUUAAUCACGCUAGAAAUAUCGCAGCUUCUAUUUUUUAAAUGUUCCUUUACACAUGUAAGCACUGGUCCCUGAAUCUUGUUCUCGUUUUUAUAUAAAACAAAACAAAAUGGUGCCAGUAUUUCAGAGCGUUUUGAACAAGGCUUUGAUGAUCUACAAUGGUAGAAGCCACCAUUUUUGAUUGAUAUGCUUUUAUCUAUGCCACGCAAAAUAAAUACAUCAAGAAUACUGCUCAAUGAUACUAAAUGAUGCACUCAGUCAGACUUCCAUGUCAUUCUGCAUUAAAAAGUUUCUUAACAAUGCAGCUUAGGCUCAUGGCAUCUCCUCCAGUCAGCUUUUUUUUUUUUUGCUUCCAAAAAUGUGUCUUUAAAAACUCCUAAUUUGUGCAGCUUUGAAUAGUUUCUUAUAUAUAUAAGGUCACCAUAGAACCUCACAGAGAUGCACAAUGAGUUGGCAGGGCGUCGAGAAGAGGGGCAUGUCUAAUGAAGGUUUUCAAAGUGACUGACUUGUUUUUUAAAUCAGUGUUUAGGUUAUUAAAAGAAUAUUUUUUUAUGAAAAGGAAGCUGACUUCAGCAUUAAGCCUGAUUUUUAUCCUUUUGUAUUUUGAAUUAUGCCUUGAAAUGUUCUGCAGUUCCAAAGUGAAAAUUGCAUUCAGUUGGCGUUUUAUAUAUAUAUAUGUGUGUGUGUGUGUGUGUGUCCAUUUUUUGGAACGUGUUACUUUGGGCUGGGUGUUCAACUCUUGCUCCUGACAAAGUUGUAUAUUCUGACUCUCCAUCUGGGGUAGGGAGUUUGGUCCAUACACUGCCAUCUUUGAAUAGGAAUCUCUGCAAAAAAGCUCCACGUGGAUACUUCCAAUUUUGCACAUCAUCCUUAAAAAAAAAAAAUAAAAAAAAAUUAAAAAAAAAUCCAAGAAAAUGCAAAAACUGGAAUUUUUUGCAAUAUUAUGAAAGAUAAUCUUAUUUUAGCUCAUUCUGUGACAUGUGCAACUCUUAAGAAAGCCAUACUUAAUGGUUCUUUUUAUUUUUAGAGUCUAUAUUGUGUUUUGGAUUUCUGCCUUUUUUUAGGAUUUCUGCAUAGUAAGAGUGCUGUGUGUAUGCUUUCAUAUAUAUUUAUUUUUCAACGUGCUUCAAACCUGUCUACAAAAAAUAAAACUAAACACAAAGGGGGGGGGAAACCAAGACAGUGCUUGAAGAUUGUUGAUUUUUUUUUUUUUUGCUGGGAAUAUUCUAUAUUAUACUGACUUUAUAUUAAUUAUUAUAAACCUGUGUUUGUAUUGGAGAUGUGUUUAAUAUUUUGGGGAGGUGGGGAGAUUUUAGUAAUCAGAAGACAGUGGGAGAACAUGACUGUGUGUUGUACUGAUUUUCUGUAAAUGUAGUUCAGGUAAAUAUUACCUUCUUUUCUAGUUGAUCUCACAGUUUCUUGUCUGCCUGGGCAUGCCCGCGGGCUGCCUAUCGAUUAUAAUUACUUUGUGACGGGAUUAGCGUAGACAUACUUGCAAAAUCAAUCAGUUUCAAUAAAUUGGAAAAUUGCUGCUAAAA